GGAGCAUUCUGGGGGCUAAUGGUUGGACUCGUGUUGGGCCUUGCCUGUAUGAUUCCUGAGUUUAUAUAUGGAACAGGCAGCUGCGUGGCUCCCGGUAACUGUCCCAAGAUUAUCUGUGGAGUGCACUAUACAUACUUUGCCAUCAUUCUGUUUUUUGUGUCCAUAGUAGUAAUCCUGGGAGUCUCCUUCCUAACGAAGCCAAUUCCUGAUGUUCACCUAUACCGCCUGUGCUGGAGUCUUUGGAACAACACAGAAGAACGCAUUGACUUAGAUGCAGAAGAGAAACCUCUAGAAGAUGAUAGUGCUCCUGAAGAAGAUGAAUCUGAGCAAGCCAGUGGAUGUCUUAGGAGAGCAUGUAGCGUAUUCUGUGGUUUGCAGAACAAAGGGCCUAAGCUAACCAAAGAAGAGGAAGAAGCCCUGAGGAAAAAAUUCUCAGACACAUCUGAGAAGCCCUUUUGGAAAAAUGUAGUGAAUAUCAAUGCCAUCAUCCUCUUGGCUGUGGCUGUCUUUGUCCAUGCCUAUUUUGCCUGAACCCUGAGCGAAG